GCAGUUGGCAGGACCGCGACGGGGAUGCGUGGUUCCGCUCUGAGUGCUUGGGAGCUGUUACUGCACGAGAGUUAUGCCAGCACUUAAAUAUGUUUGAACCUCUGAGGAAGCAGCUGGACUCAAAGUGACAGCCUUAAGUUUGAGAAGUGGUGCUGUCCUGGUGCAGGACGAGGCCGGUCAAAGCUUCCCUGCAGGAAGAGUUCUCACCUUCCGUCGGGACUUAGACUCCGGGCGAUCACCCUGAGCUCAAAGUGCAGGAUGAGACGGGGGGAGGAAAAGGACCCACUCGGACGUCACGCUACCGUUUGUGCCGACGGCGUGAUUUAGGAGUUUUCCACCAUGGAGGAGAAGUUCAAUAGACUCAUCUUCAUCCCCAUUGCGGCGGUGCUCUUCCUCAUGAUCGGCUAUCAGUAUGUGUGCCCGGCGGACAGCAACACCUGCUACUUCAGACGUGACGAGAAAGGGCUCUUCCAGCGCUACUCUGCGGGGCUGGAGCUGGUUUACACGGAGCCGGAGGCGGACGAGGAUCUCCCCUCCAAAAUCACAUCCAGAUUCAACUUCACGGAACGGGACCUGGACCGGCGCGUCGACUUCAACAUCCGCGGGGACGAUGUAAUGGUGUUCCUGCACAUACAGAAGACCGGCGGGACCACGUUUGGGCGGCACCUGGUCAAAAACAUCCAGCUGGAGCAGCCCUGCGACUGCUUGGCCGGCCAGAGGAAAUGCACCUGUCACCGGCCCGGGAAAGCCGAAUCGUGGCUCUUCUCGCGGUUCUCCACGGGCUGGAGCUGCGGGUUGCAUGCAGACUGGACCGAGCUCACGAGCUGCGUGCCUGUAGUGAUGAACAAGAGGGACAAGAUGAACACCCCAAAGAGCAAAAGAAGAAGGUAUCAAAUCGGAGCCAAAUGCACCAUGAGUCACAACUCAGCUUAUACCCGUGAAUUUGUUGGAAGAGCUUAUGCCAAGGAGCUGUUCCUGCGGCGCUACCAGUAUAACCGCCAGAGGCAACACCAGGAGGAGCGGCUCAGGAGACGGCAGGAGAGGCAGCAGAGACAGCGGCUGCACAGGACCUAUUUGGCUGAACUCUGGAGACUGGGAAUAGGAGGAGGAGGAGCAGAGGAGGUGGAAGAGGAGGAGGUGAAGGUGAAGGUGCUAGAGGAGGUAGCCACCACAGAGGACUAUGGCAGCCAGGUCGUGCGGUGGUGUUUUGUCUAUGAGAAGGCAAAUGAGGAUGAGGAGAAGAUCAGUCAGGAGGCAGAAAAUGAAAUGCCAUAG